ACGGAACCCUGGUGCCCACAGCAGCCCUCGGCGGUUGAGGCCCCACGACACAGGCCCUCUCGCACCGCUGUGUCACGCAGCGCCGCCGAGCGAGGGAAUUCAGUCUCUUACCGUGAAAGAAAAUGUCUACAUCUAGCAUUGUAGCAAGAGUGGAAACCUGGCUUUCAUCCACAUGGCACAUUAAAGUUCCUUUAACAUGGCUGGCAGCAUGUAUUAAUUGGAUCCAGGAAGAAAACAGUGGUAGUAAUUUAAGUCAAGAUCAGAUUAAUAAGCAGGUAUUUGAACAAUGGCUUCUUACCGAUCUGAGAGACUUGGAAUAUCCAGUUUUGCCUAACUGCAUCUUAGAUACUCCCAAGGGAGAGUUAUCAGGCUGCUACUCCAUACAGAUUGAUUCACUGGUGGAUGUUAGCCAGCCAGCAUAUUCUCAGUUGCAGAAGCUAAGAGGGAAAAGCACUGUAAAUGAAGAAGUAACAGGCAGUUCUCAGGCAUUCCAGAAGCCCUGGGAAGCAAAGCCUACUCGAAUGCUGAUGCUGCAACUAACUGAUGGCAUACAUCAAAUUCAGGGCAUGGAGUAUCAACCGGUGCCCGUUCUGUGCAGUAAUCUUCCUCCUGGAACAAAAAUCACAGUACAGGGCACUAUUGCAUAUCGUCUUGGUGUUCUUCUGCUUAAGCCAGAAAAUGUGAAACUGUUGGGGGGUGAAGUUGACGCUCUUCUUGAGGAUUACUGUCAGGAAAGGGUCCUUGCUAGAUUAAUUGGAGAAGCUGAAAACCCUAAUUCUGUUGGACAAGCUGGACAUGAACAGAUUUUUGCAAGGCCCGUGGAUGAAUUAGAACAAACUCUUGGCCCUUCAGAUGAAGAGCUUUUAGCCAGCCUUGAUGAAAAUAAUGAAUUUACUUUAAACAACAGAACAUCUUUAGAAAGUGGAUACUGUAGUAGAAGCAACAAUUUUAAUACAGCCUCAGAUUCACUGUCUGCGCACAAUGGAAAUGUUUUGCUACAAAAACCUGGAAGUCCUUUGCCUCACUCAGAUGAACAAGUUUUGCCUCCUGUAGAAUAUGCUGAUGCCUUUUUAAAUGAUUUUCCUUUAGAAGAUGACUUUCUUCUGGAAGAAGAAAUGCAAAGAGAGAUGGAAGAAGUGCCACCAGUAGACAUGAACAGAAACAUAGGUUUAAUUACUGACAGACUUCCACAUACAUCUAGAAGUUCCUGCCCUUCGUCUUUAAAUGGCACUGGUGAAGAAGACCAUGUGAAUGGAAGAGAUAAGCCCAGGGAAGCUAUCAGCAAGGAAAAGAAUGUGAGAAGAAUGAUACUUGAUGAAGAUGGAAAUAGCAUAAGUAACUUUUUGCAGCACAAGGGCUUAUGUCAGACCUGCAGUUCAUCUGAUUUUUCUUUGGAAAAUCCUCCUAAGGAAGGGCAGAAUUAUACAGACCUAGAUGAGAGCAGAUACAAACACCAACACACUUCUGACAGCAGGGUAUUAAAUGAUGAUCCUAUGUUUUCCCUAAAAAUGGAUCCAGAAGGAGAUCAGCAGGAUCAUGAUUUACAGAUUUUUCCUUGCAAGGAAGUAGAGGCACAUUUAGAUUUAGAUUCUCCACCUUUCACAUAUAUUUCCGUUCUCCUUGCAAAAAAACCAGAAACUGUUACAGUUCUGAAAGUUAAAUGUUUUAUUGUCACUCUCACUGGAAGCCUUACAAAAAGCAAUGGGUCCUGGGGUAUAAAGGCAAAAAUUUCUGAUGGCUCCGCUUAUCUUGAAGUAGAUUUUGCUGAUGAUAUUCUAACAAGUUUGAUUGGCUUUUCAGUGCCUGAAAUGAAUAAGCUGAAAAAGGAUCCAGCUUUACGUCUAAAACUUAAGGAUGGUUUAGAGAAAUGUCAAAAACAGCUGAUAGAUCUCUGUUGUUUGAUGACUAUUGAGUUUAAUCCAUUUCAGUCUAAAGCUACUGUAUUAAUUCUCCAGGAAGCUGAUGCUAGGCAUCUAGAACAAUUGAAGAAACGUUUGAAUAAAUAACGUGUGCAAACUUGCAGACUGUAUAUUAGGGAAUGUUUAAGUCAGAUUUCCCUUGAAGAACUCUUGAAAGUUAAGUGAUGUGUCUUAUCAGGAAUUAUAAUGUAAAAGUGUGACAAGGAAAUUACUUGUUGGAGCAAAGCUGAGCGUUUUGUUUCUAAUGGUAAUAGUAUUGCAAUAAGAUUUCAAAUAUUUGUGUUUUGAUUUUUUCAUUCUGCAAAAUCCUGUGUGUUCUAGACUGGUAAUCCUGAGUAGCAGAAUUUGUCAGGAAAUGUGUAACAAUGAACAAACCAUCUUGUUACUUUACUUUUUCAGGUACUUACCUGAUUUUUAAAAGAAAGGUACAGGAGACUCUGAGUUUUUUCUUGGAGAAAAUCAGUUGAAUAAAUUUAAAUAACAAAUUAUUGUUCAAAUACAGUCUCUUCUGACUAUGCCAAUCUGGAGACUCAAAUCUAUAUUCACUGUGCAAGAACCUAAAGUAUAGAGAAAUGAAAGAUUGACUUCUAAAUACUCAGGGAAAGAAAAUCCAAUCCUAUACAAAAUGUGAGGGAAAGAAAAUCCAAUCCUAUACAAAAGAAAA